AUGUUUCUACUCGAGGCCCCGGCGGAACGACUUCGAUGGUCGCACGUGUCGUUGCCGUUCCGUGCGGCGCUUCGUUCAGCGCACCAGAUGAUUGGCCUGCAGACAUUGUGCUGGCAACUUAUGCGCAGGCGCUGCCAAGAAGGGUAUAUUGACCCGUCUGAGAAUGCGCGGGCCGCCAUGGACCUCUACCGGUCGCAUGCUCAGCAGUGGGAAGGCGCAGUCUCGAGCGGGAAUUGGCCAUCCUGUCUGCCUCCGAGCACGUUUUCAAGAUGCUACUCUUAA